ACAGAAACAUAGAACCAAACCAAACACACCAAAACCUGAAAAUUUGAGGAAAAUGGAGUGGGAAUGGAGCUAUGUAGUUUGGUCUACAAUUAUCUUAGUACCAACUCUAAUCAUAGUAUUCUCCAAAAGAAGGUCUUGUUCUUACAAUUUGCCUCCAGGACCACCUGGAUUGCCUAUUUUUGGCAACAUGUUUAAUCUUGGAACAUUACCAUAUCAAACAAUAGCAAGUUUUAAACACAAAUAUGGUCCUAUUGUAUGGUUCAAUAUUGGCUCAGUUAAAACCAUGUCAAUUUUGUCAGCCAAAACAGCUGCUGAGUUUUUCAAGAAUCAUGAUUUCGCUUUUGCUGAGCGAAAAAUUAUGGACACCAUGUUGGUACAUGAUUACAACAAAGGGUCCUUAGCUAUAGCCCCAUAUGGCACGUAUUGGCGCGUGCUAAGACGGAUAUGUACUGUGGAAAUGUUUGUUAACAAAAGGAUCAAUGCAACAGUACAUAUCAGGCAAAAAUGUGUCGAUGAUAUGCUUCAAUGGAUUGAAGAAGAGGCGAAUGUUGUGGAAAUUAAAGGAAGUGGGAUUGAGGUAACGCGUUUUGUGUUUCUUUCAACGUUUAAUAUGCUAGGGAAUUUGAUGUUUUCGCGCGAUUUAGUACAUCCAGGGUCCAAAAAGGCCUCCGAGUUCUUUACUGCCAUGAUGAGGAUUAUGGAAUGGUCGGGUAAUCCGAAUGUCUCAGACAUUUUUCCAUGUCUUAGGAGGUUUGAUUUACAAGGCUUAAAGAAGAAGAUGCAUCGCGAAAUGGGAAAAGCUCUGGAAAUCGCCUCUACAUUCGUCAAGGAACGAAUAAAGGAGCGAGAAGAUGGUGGCGAAAAGAAGAAAGAUUUUUUGGAUGUGUUGCUUGAUUUUGAGGGUAGUGGAAAAGAUGAACCAGCUAAGUUAACAGAACAUCAGAUCAACAUAUUCAUAUUGGAAAUGUUUUUAGCCGGUUCAGAGACGACUAGUAGCAGCGUGGAAUGGACAUUGACUGAACUCCUAUGCCACCCUGAAGCAAUGGCCAAAGUAAAAGCAGAGAUCUCUGAGAUAGUAGGAAAGAACAGGAAGUUAGAAGAAAGCGACAUUGACAAUCUUCCUUAUAUGCAAGCUGUGAUCAAAGAAGCGCUACGAUUACAUCCUCCUCUUCCUUUCUUAGUGCCAAGAAGAGCAAUACAUGACACCAAAUUCAUGGGAUAUGACAUACCAGAAAACACUCAAGUGUUCGUUAACGUUUGGUCAAUUGGAAGAGAUCCUGAAUAUUGGGACGACCCUAUGGAUUUCAAGCCCGAGAGGUUUCUUAACUCGAAGAUUGAUUUCAAGGGACAAUGUUUUGAGUUUUUACCAUUUGGUGCUGGUAGAAGGAUGUGUGUAGGACUUCCUUUAGGUAAUCGCAUGUUACACCUUGUUUUGGGCUCAUUGCUUCAUGAAUUUGAUUGGGAACUUCCUGAAACUAUCACUCCUAAAUCAAUGGAUAUGAAGGAGAGAAUGGGAAUGACAGUGAGAAAAUUCCAACCUUUGAAAGCAGUACCAAGAAAAACAUCUGCUUAAAUUGGACUUUGUUGUGAAUUUGCUUGUAAUAAAAAGCUGAGGUAUUAGUUCCCCUAAAAUAUUUAUCCUUUUCAAUUAUCUUAAGGUAAGAGUUGGAAACUAUGUUGCGCGGACUUUUCAAAAUGUUGCUGCACUCGUGUCGGAUCCACCAAAAAUACAAUAAUUAUGAAGGAUGCGACACGCACACCGAGACAUUUUCGGAGAGUGCGAGCAACAUAGGUUGGAAUAUUUACAGCCUUAGGAGGCUUCAGGAAUAAUGUAUAACAACGUUUUCUUUAUUGCUUUAUUUUCACUUCUCUUAAGUCGAGGGUCUUUCGGAAACAGCCUCUCUACCCUCAUAAGAUAUGGGUAAGGUCUGCGUACACUUUACCCUCCCCAGACCCCACUUAUGAGAUUUCACUGGAUUUGUUGUUGUUGUAGUAUUAUAACGACGUCUUCUCUUUUACAUAAGGAAAACAUCUGUUUAACAGCCCAA